AUGGCUUCUGCAAGCCAAAAUUGUUGUCUUUCUGACCCAAAUUAUGCUGUUAUUUGCAGCUUCCUAGAUCAAUUUGGUGAACUUUUGGGACUUCCCGAUCUGACAUUUAAAGAUGUUCAAAAUUACCUGGAGGAUACAAGAAAUUUGAAUGAUGAACUCCUGAACAUCCUUGUCCGGCUGAUGAGAAGGACUGGACAGAAGAUAACAUUUGAAAAAUGGCAGAAGGGAUUAAUCAAGUUCUGCCAUAAAUAUUCCCAGUUCGAUGCUUGGGAGCUGGAGAGAUUCGGCUUCAAGAAUUCAAACCUUGCUUUGAAAUUAAGGAUAUUGAAGAAUCUGCUUGAAGCCCAGUUUGAUGGCUUUGCCAAAUUCAAGGAGAAGGUGAAUGAGAAAACAGCUGAGGACCUACGCUUUCAACCCCUGGGACGGGAUCGGGCAGGACUUGCCUAUUGGUAUCUACUGGAUAAAGAACUGAAUCUUCUCGUUUACCAAGAAGAACCGGACAAUUCUGGAAACGAAGGAUGGAAACUCGUCUGCCAAACCCGGGAGGAACUUGCUUGUCUUAUUUCGAAAUUAUCGACAGGCAGUCCAUUUAUUAAGGAUGAGGACAGCCGGUCAUCAACACCAAGUACUACAGCCAGUAAUGAGAAAGAUGUCAAACCGAACAUUGGAGAAAUCAAAGAAGAGAAGUUGAUCUUCCAAGGAGAGUGUGAGCCAGAAGAGAAAGAUGAGGCAGACAACAGCAGACGUGAAGAUGGAGUGAGUGAGAAAAUCAAAACAGAGGAAGAAAGUGCAAUAGACCAUGAGAAAGUCAAAGGUGGUGAAGAGGUCAAGGUUGAAGAUGAUGUCAAGGUCAAAGUUGAGCCUGGUAUCCAGGCUACUGAAUGUAAGGAAGAAGCUGAGGACAAGGUUGAGAAAGAUGCUGUGGUGAAAGAUGAAGAAGCUGAAUUUCAGGAGGAGGAAAAUAAUGCUGACAAUGAAGAUGGGGAAGACAAGAUAGACGUGAAAAAAGGGAAGGACAGUUUUGAAGAAAGGAAAGAUGAAAUUCAGGAUAGUGGUGGAACAGCACCAGAGACAAACAUCAGUGUAGUAUCAGAGGAUGUGGAAGAAAAGGAAUCAAUAGAUUAUGGCUGUGGUGAUGCUGCAGUUGCAAAGGAAACUGAUGAUACCCCUGUUGCUAAUGAAUCACUGGAUAGUUCUGUUUCCAAGCAUGAUGGUGCUUCUGGUGAUAAGAAUGGAAGCGUUGCCAAGGAAACUAGUAGUAAGAUUGAUCAGUCCAAUGAUGCUGUUGAUGAGGAUGCCAAGACAUCAGAUGAAAAUCUUGCUCUUGAGGACAAGGAAAGAAAGAAAGAUGAAAACAACAAAGAAGUCGAGGAAAAAGAUUUAGAGAUGGCAGCUGAUGGAGGAAACCUACCAGGAGAAGGUUCUGAUAAGCAUGAGCCAGAGGAGACAGAGGGUGCAGCUUCCUCUCUGGGGGAUGUCAAGGAUAAAACAGAGGAGAAGUGUAAAUCUGGAGAUGGUGGUGAUGCUUCCAAAGGUGCUGAUACUGAGAAUGUUGACGAAGAAACGACUGAGGGAGAGAGGGAAUCACCUGAGAUUGGGAAGGGUCAUGAAAACAAGAAGGUGUCAGAGGAUGAUCCGAAUGGAGGAAGUGAUCUGAAGGAUUCACUGCAGCAGACGCCAUGUGAUGUUGCAGAGGAACUAAGUGAGGGAGAUGUGGGGAAAACUGAGGAGAAAGAAACUGAUGAGAAAGAUUCUGUUGGUGAUGGAAAGAAAGUUGGAGCUAGUGAGGAAGAGACUGGGAGCAGGGCAGUCGAAGAGAAGAGUGAUGUAGUGGAAAUGGAUGAAACAGUUGAUGGUGAUGGCGGAGGUUGUUUGAAGGAGAAAGAUCAAGAGGAGGAGGCAAAGGACUCUGAAGGGAGACCAGAUACCAAGACGAGAGAUACUGGAGAAGAGAAGGCAGAAGCUGAUCAAAGAGUAGAUGAGAUUGAUGAGGAAAGGAAGAAACAACGAGCAGACAUUGAAAAAGUUGAAGCAGACGAUGAGAAUGUUGAAGCUGAUGAUAAAAGUGUUGAAGCAGAUGACAGGGUUGAGGAUGAGAAGGAGGCUGUUGAGAUUCCUGAAGGAGAUGGAUCAGGGGGUUGUGAUGGGGGCGGUGGAAAGAAUGAGGAGAAGGAGAUGUCUGAAUGCUCAGACGGAAAAGAAGAUGGGAAGGAAGCGAAGAGAGACAGAUGUGGUGGGGAUAUAGAGACACUCAAUGUCGUGGAGCUGUCUCCUAAAGGUCCUGGGGAGGAACAGGAUGGGAAGAAUAGGAAAGGAAGAAAUGGGAAGAGGAAGGGCAAGCGAAAAGCUUCUGAUGUGAGGAAGGAGGAUGAGGGAAUUCCCAACGAGAAACAGAUAACGUUGAAGGAGCCGUCGGGUCCUUCUGAGGAAGAAGAGGAUGGGAAGAUGGAGAAGGGAGAAAAUGGGAGGACGGGGAAAGGAAAAGCUGAAAAGGACGAUGCGGGUUCUGAAGAGGGAGAGAAAGAAGGCUCGGGGAAAGAGGAUGCGGAUCAGCCAAGUCCAGAGAAGGAGGUAAAAGAGAAUGGGGAGUGUGGCGAUGAGAAAGGCUCUGAAGUUGUCGAGGACGAGGUACAGAUCGCAGGAAAUGACAAUCAGGACUCUAGUCAGGCUGAGAAAAAAGAUGGCGAUACUGGAGCUGUGGAAAAAGAUGGAGAGCAACGGAGGGGGAGGAAACGUCCACGGAAACAGGAACUGAUUCCAAUUGAUACGGAAAACUUACGCCGGAGUUCUCGUCAGAGGAAGCGGCCGAAUAUCCUGGAGGAUUUAGAAAAUGUUCCACCGGUCAAAGUGAUCAAAAGUCGGGCAAGUCCCAAGUCUCCACAGAAGUCGCCUCAGAAGGCGAACCGUAAGGCUGCGGCAACGGUGACCCUCGAGAGUAGUGACGAUGAUAUCCCGCUGAGUCAGGUGCGUAAGAAGGGGAAGGGCAAAGGGAAGAGGAAGAGCAAGAAGAAGAAGAAGGAUGAUGAGGACUAUGAGGAGGUGGAGGAGGAACCGGAAGAAGAGGAAGAAACGACCAGCAAGAAAGGAAAGAAGAAUAGAAAACGUAAACCAGAAAGCGAUGGCGACUUUGUGUUAUCAAAGAAGAAAGGCAAGCAGGGCAAGUCCAUUAAGUCGAGGGGCAAGAAACGGAAAAACCAAGACUCGUCGUCAGCGGAUGUGGAAUCGAGUGAGGAUAGCGAGUUUGCUGAGUUACUCCAUCUUCAGCAAGAGAGCGAAUCAGAACUCAGCUUCGGUGAAAAUAGCUACGAUGAGUUCGCCUGUGAAGAAAACGACCCGAACUUUACGCCAAAGUUAGGACGGAACUAUAAGAGAGCAAUGUCUAUAGUUGGUAAAGGCGUCAGCGAUGAACCAGUUGUGGUAGGAGAUGAUAAACCUUGUACAAAAUGUCAUAAAUAUGACCACCCUGAAUUGAUCUUAUUGUGCGACAAGUGUGAUGCUGGCUAUCACACGACCUGCACCCUUCCCCCACUACUCCUGGUCCCUGAGGGAGACUGGUUCUGCCCACCAUGUGAACAUGCUAAAUUGUUGGAUAAAUUACAAUUCAAAUUGAAAGAUCUUGACAAACAAUUGAAGGAAAAUGAGCGUCUUGUCAAAAGGAAAGAGAGAUUGGCGUUUGUUAACAUCAGUUUGGAUAAUAUUCUCCUCAAGCAAGAAGAAGAAGAAGAGCCUCAACACCAUAAAAAGAAGAAGAAGAAGAAGAAGAAAGAGAAGUCACAUCAUCGGUCGAGUGGACUGCGGCCACGGUUCAUCGAGGAAACGGAAGAAUCUGAGGAAGAUGACGAAUGGUUGUACACGCGAUCAACCCGAGAACGCAAGACCGUUAAUUACAAUUUCACCGAUUAUGAUCAAAUGAUUAAUAGCGCCAUAGCAGAUGAUGCGGAGGAGGAGUAUGACCCUGCGGCACUUGAUGUUCCUGUUGAAAAGCCUAAGAAAGAAGUCAAGAAAAAAACUGCCAAGAGUCGUGGUAAGGACAUGGAGAAUAUCCUGGCCAUGCAAGAGACGGAGGAUUGCUUCCAGGAGUUCGAGCAGAAGAAAGACGAGGAAAAAGACUCAGAAAAAGAUAGCGAAGAAUCCGAGAAAGAUGGUGGCGAUGAGGUGAAGGAGGAGGAGGAGUAUGAGGGGCGGCCCCCGCCAGUCGUAAAGAGAACACCCAAACCUCGCCUGACCAACCUCGAUGAUUAUGAGGAAGGUGAUGACAGUGAGGAGUACCGAGCUACUGAGGACUCUGUUGAUGAAGAGGAAGAAGAGGCCAGUCUGUCUGACGUCGUCUCGGAGGAGAGUGAUUACAAAUGGCAGUCUGUCAAGUCUCACCGACGUCAACCGCGUAACAAGCGAGGCAAGCGAUCGAAUAGAUGGCAGGACUAUGUGGUGGAUAAUUUCGUGGUUGAAGAAAGUGAAAGUGACUACAGCGAUGACGGUGUGCGCCGCUCGAGACGCCGUGCUGCCGCAAAGAAACCUGUCAAAUAUAACGAAUCAUCAGACACGGAUGUUUCUGCACCGGUCAUUACUACCUCAAAGAAAAAACGUCGUGUGCAUGAAUCAGAAGAGGACUAUACUGCCAGUGAGAAAUCCUCAUCGUCAUAUUCUGAACCAGAAGUAGAUGUGGUGGAAACAGAGGAUGAUACACCAGUUAAAAAGCGUAAACGCUAUGAGGAGGAUAGUGACUUUGAGGACCAUAUACGGGUCAAACCAUUGUCUCGCUUUCAACGCCACAGUGCUGCCAUGGCAACUAAGUUUUCACGGUUAAAAGCGACGGUGAAAUGUAAAGCAAGGCGUCGGAGUUAUCAGCGUAUGGUGUCGGACAGUGAGGAGGAGGAGUCAAAGUCUGAAUCGUCAGAGUCGGUGACGGAGGAAUCAGAUAAGGAAAGUAGUCCAUCAAAGCCAAAAGCUAAACGGCGUAAUGUUAUCAAAAGUAGUUCCGAAGAUUCGGAAAAUGAGGGUGAAUCAGAAACUGAUGAAAAAAGUGCUAAAAAAUCGGAGGAACCAAAAUCAACGAAAAAAUCACGGACUUUGAAAAGUGAAUCUGAGUCUGAAAAUGAGGCACCACGAGUGAAAAAAAUGAACGGACAUCGUGAAAAGUCAUCAGUAGCGGUUCAGGGUAGUUUUGAUGAUGUGAUGAAGUCCGCUGGGUUCAAGGAGGCAUUUUUAGAGGGUGCUGGCGUGUCCGAGGAUGAGGAAAUUGCAAACUCUGAUCUUUCUGAUGUCUCAGAUUUGGUCUCCUACAUUGAUCAACAUUGAUCUGAGAGAAUUUGGUGAGACAUUUUGUGAAAAAGUUGACAAUUUCAAGGAAUAGUAGCGUACUUUACUGUCAGGCUGUCUCAUGCCUAUAGUGCACUCACAUUUGAAGACAAUGCUUUCUUCUGUUCAUUUUCCAGCAGUAAAUCAAUUCUGCUCAUCAAAGGAUGAUUAUUUUCACACCUGUAAAUCCAAAAUGGUAUGACCCAAGUCAUAUGAUCAUCAUGCAAAUUAGGCCAUUCCAUUGUGCUAAUGAGGUAAAAACAUCUUCCACUUGUUGUAUCCAUAUGUGUCUUUUUGGCCAACUGUCAGUUUUGCCAACUUACUCUCUGAUUGAAUUUUUCAGUUUUGUACAGGCAACUUUCAAAAGUUGGUUGGUGUUCAUCUUAAUUGUAAUUGGUAGUAAUCAGACAUUUUUAUUUGAUUGACAGUUCUUUAUUUUUGAAGAGUAGAUGUCUAAGUGUUCAUUUUUGUAUCUAUAUGUAUAAUACUGGUAUCCUUUGGGUUUGUGAAACUACAGGGCUUACUUGAGAAAGUCAUUUACCAUUGGAUGCAUUCCCUUUGAGGUCACCAACAUAAUCCGUUCACGUCUUUCUCAAGCAUCCUAAACAUGUACAAAUCCAGUGUUUACCUGGGAUAAUAAUUGAAUCUCUCGCAUACUGUUGUAAUUGGAUGGAGGGUAUAGUGAUAUUAUCUACCUGGCGGACACCAAACCUACUUCAUUUAUUACUCUCUAAUAUGUUUACACUGACAUCUAUAAUGAAGUUCACAUACAAGUAGAUUUACAAUUGAUACAUAUGAGAUUUUGUUGUCGCAAAACAUUGUUGUCGAAAUUUUACAUUUGUCAAAGUGAAUUUUGUGUUCUAACGUUCAACUCUAAAAUGGGAGAAGCUGGUCUGUUGCAUCAUGUGCAUUUGAUAGCCUCUGAAAUAUCAUUUGGUCCUUCAGAAAGGCCAACCCCUUUAAACUUGGCUCUUGGAGAGUUUGGCAUCUGAUUCUCAAUGGUUAGUUGUGGCGUGACGUACCUUACAUCUCCGCCUAAACCUCAUUUUAGACCUUUAGAGACGCCGACCAAACUUGGUUCUUAGUGAGUUGGGGGACUGAUAUUCCAGGGUUAGAUGUGGUUGAUGGUCCAUCUUAACCUCAUUGUUUGUCCUAUGGAGAAUCCAACCUCUUAAGGUUCACAGUAUGUUUCGCGACUGGUUUUCAGAGAGUUUGGGGACUGAUUCACCAGGAUGAUAGCUGUUACUUGAAUUUGUCCUUAAUGCUGUCUCUAUCUUCGAAUGGCUUACCUAUGUACAAUAAUCUUACAUCAUAUCAUGGUUGUAUUAUAGUACAGUUAUAGUGUUGAAGUCCCAGGUUAUUGUAGGCUUAUAAUCAUUUGUAAAGUAUCCAUGCCUGAGGUAUUUAAUAAGUUCUGGGGUUUGUCACAUCAACCGCAUGUUCCCAAGCUAGCUUUUAGAUAGUUACCCCCAAUUAUUUGAUAUCAAUCAGGUACUUGACAAAUGAACCUCAAAUAGAUUAUUGUAAUAUAUUAAAAUGUAAAAUGAAGUAAAA